CCUGGCUGGAGUCAGAGAUGCAGCUGACGGUGAAAGCAUUGAAAGGAAAGGAAGCCAAUAUCCAGGUUUCCGAAGGGGACACGGUCCUAGCAGUGAAGCGACUAGUGGAGGAAAAGCUGAAAGUUCCAGUUUCACAGCAACGUUUGUUAUUCAGAGGCAAAGCCUUGGCAGAUGAGCAUUGCCUUGCACAUUAUUCUAUUGGUCCUGGAUCAAGGCUUAAUCUCAUGGUGAAAGAGCAGGUGGCUCCGGAGGGCCACAGUGGGGGUAAUACAGCAUGGAAGUCACUGAGUGUCAUCCUGAGGAAGCAUUUCAGCCCCACCGAUGCAGAGAGAGUGCUGGAAUAUGUACAGAAGGACUAUGAACGUAGUUUAUCCCUUCUCAGCCUGGACGAUAUAGAGCGGCUAGCUACACGUAUUCUGCACCCCCAGUAUUCAGAAGCCACGGACCUCGGCUUCCUAGACUGACGCUGCUACCUAUUCCAUGCACUGCACCCAUUUUCCUCCUAUGUACAGAGCACCUGAAUGCCAACAACAAUGAAUAAAGCGUGAAAUGGCAAGGAUGUCUGUGGUGGGUGCCAUAUUGUUGUCUUUUUUGCGCUAAGGAUAAGUAUGCAUCGAUGCUGGUAGUGUCUAUACACAUGUGUUUUGCUGAAGGUAGAAACCUCCCAUUGAAAUUGCUCUUUUCUGGUCAUUGGUCUUUUUUUAGAAACAAGCUCUACCCAUCUUUAAUUCUUGCAGUCCUGGGGUCCUAGGUUUGAUUCCAGCUUGGGCACUACCCAUGCCCCACACAUGUCUGUAUGGGUUUCCUUCUGGUACUCCAGAUUUCUCCUACAAUAGAAAUACAUGCAAGAAGGUUAAAGGCAUUGUUCACCUUUAAAUACAAUUUUAAUAUGAUGUAAAGGGCGAUAUUCUGGGACAAUUUGCAGUUGGUCUUCAAUUUUUAUUCAUGUUUUUUUAAUUAUUUAGCCUUUUGUUCAGCGACUUCCAGUUUGAAAUCUCAGCAACUAUCUGAUUGCUAGGGUCUGAAUUAGCUUAGCAACCAGUCAGUGGUUGAAAUGAGAGAAUUGAAUAUGAAUAGGAGAACACCUGAAUAGAAAGAUAAGUAUUAAAAAUGACAAUAACUACAAUUGCAUAAUCAGAGAGCAAUAGUUUAUGGGCUGCCAGGAUCAGUGACCCCCAUUUGAAAGCUCAAAAGAGCCAGAAGAGAAAUAAAUAAUUAAAAAAUUAUAAAUAUUAAAAAAUGAGGACCAAAUGAAAACUUGCUAAGAACAGUCCGUUUUAUAACCUACUAAAAGUUAACUUGCAGGUGAGCCACCACUUUAAUUGGCUCCUGAUGAAAUUGACCCUAGAGUGAUAGGGAUCAUAGAUUUUAAGCCCACCUGGGGCAGUGGCUGAUGGGAAUAAUGUGUAAUCUUUGUAAAGCACUGUGAAAAAUAUGUUGGUAUAUAAAUAAAGGUUGAUUAUAAUGUAUCACAUUGAAUAAAACAAUGAUGACAUAA